AGCCCCGUAAUGAAUAUAAAUGCAAUACCAUUCAUCGCUGGUAAUAACCAAGGAUUGGCCAGUCAAAUUCCAGAGUUACCGAGCGCAGCCUUUAACGUCUUCCCCGAUGAACAGCAGCAAAUCUGCAUGAACGAAAUAUCAAACUCCUCACAAAAUCUGCUCAGUCUCCAUAAUACCGUGUGCAACUUGUCCAAACAGCUCGCAUCAGCCCAGGCUAACUUAUUGGCAGCCCAGGUAAAAUUUUAUCAAGAUGCUGUCUCGUGUUCUACUAAUACGCAUAAUCAGUUGCCAACGCAAAGCCAAAAUCUCUCUAUAACAGACGUUCAUUCGGCCAAGUAUUCAACUCUUCCAACCAUCCAAUCACCAAUGCCAAAUAUACAGAAAAAUCAAAACGACUCCUAUGCAUUACACAAGAAUUUUCCAACACAUAACGUACAAGAUUUUGGUCCACCUUCAUAUCAGGCAAAUGCUACAAUAGAACCAAGAUUGGAUCUUCAGCCCAUGUAUAUUCAACAAAAUCAUUUUCAUCAUCAACAGCAACAUCCUAAUUUUCAACAAUAUUAUCUAAACACACAACCAACAAAUUCCGUUCUACGAGGAAAAGUACAGGGAAGCAUUGAAGACUGUCGUCUAGUACUUGAAGACUGUUCAUUAUGACCACGUAUUUUGUAUAAAAAUAUACAAAAUAUUUUGAAAAGAAAUUAAGAUAAGGUUGAACUUAAUAUAUGAUGUGAUACGCAUAUGAUACGAACG